AUGACCAAGAGUGACCUAUUUUUAGAUAAUAGAGGUUGGAUAGCAAUGAAGAAAACAAAAGGUGGACAUUUUGGGGUACUCAUGGAAAUUUUGAAAAGUCCUGUCACCAUUGUACUGAAUGAAGAAGCCACAGCAUGGAAGGUUCCCUGCUGGCUUGAUCCUCAGAGGCCUGAAUCACAGCUUCCCGUUGACACUAAAAAAUUUAACAAAAGGUUUUUGUGGUACCACGAGUGGGCAAGUGAGAUUGCUUUAUCAUUACAAACAUUGCAGCAAUCAAAUGGUAGUAUCAUUGGAGUUCCUACUGCCUAA